AGACUAAUACAUGAUAUAUAUGCAGAAUUAAUUUCUGUUGCUGUCGCUUGCAGUUGCCUUAAAUAUAUAUUCCAUAAUCAUAUCAUGCUUGUAUAUUUAUUAUACUAACUUAAACUAUUUCGUACACUUUACCAACAAAAUAUGUAUAGCAUAGCCAAAACUAGGGGAAACAGCCUAAUUUAAUUUGAGAAAAAGAGAGGGUAUAGUAUAUGAUACAAUAAUUAAUUUAAAUUUUGUUUCUAAGUAGUAGACUAGUAGUAGUAGUAGUAUAUGAUGAUUGGUGAGGAAAGGCACAGUAGUAUAAAUAGAUGGUGCAGUUGUGAAUUGAGGUAGGCAUCAAUGGGACACCACUGCUGCAGCAAACAGAAAGUGAAGAGGGGGCUCUGGUCUCCCGAAGAGGACGAAAAGCUCAUCAGACACAUCACUACCUACGGCCAUGGCUGCUGGAGUUCUGUUCCUAAACUAGCUGGAUUGCAGAGGUGCGGCAAGAGUUGUAGAUUGAGAUGGAUAAACUAUCUGAGGCCGGACCUGAAGAGGGGCUCCUUCAACGAACAAGAGGAGAGAACCAUCAUCGACGUUCACCGGAUUCUGGGCAACAGGUGGGCUCAGAUAGCCAAGCACUUGCCCGGCAGGACCGACAACGAAGUCAAGAAUUUCUGGAAUUCUUGCAUCAAGAAAAAGCUCAUUGCUCAGGGCUUGGAUCCCAACACUCACAAUCUUCUCUCCUCCUCCUCAUCUUCCUCAUCUUCUUCCUCUUACAAGCCCUCCUACCAACAGCCUUUCACUGUCGAUACCACCACCACGGCCGUUGUUCCCAUCACCACCGCCACCACAUUGCACGAUCAGACCAGCCUCAUCAACACCCACAACUCCUCAUUGCCCAUUCUAAACGACAUUAACUGGGCCUCGUUGGAGCAACAGUCUCAGCAGCAUAACAACUCAUCGUGUCUCUACAACAAGGUCGAUGAUGAUGAUGAUGAUGACCUCAUACUGCACCAUCAACACCACCUGGGGACUACAUUUGACCCCACUUGUCACUUCGAUUUUCAGUUUCUCGAUUCGGCAUUCAUAGCUCCCCAAAGUUUUAACUCUAUCAUGGAUGAUCCACUUGCGUGGGAUAUUGUUAAUUGAUUCAUUAAUAAGUUUCAUAUUCUUUUUCUUUUACCGGUA